AGCAUUCAUACAAAUAUAUUUUUCCUACAAUAUGUCUGCUGAAAUUGAAGAGAUUCUAAAGCGCUACGGCAACUAUCCGAAUGUGGCGGGCAUCAUAAUCGUGGAUGCCUUUGCCAUACCCAUCAAGACCACCAUGGAGUACACACUGACCGUCCAUUAUGCCGCCCUGGCCCAUAAUCUGCUGAUGAAGGGCUCCAAGAUGACCCAGAACCUGGAUGCCUCGAAUGAAUUGACAGCUUUACGCUUGCGCACCCUCAACCACGAGGUGAUGAUUGUACCUGAAGAGAAUUUCUUCAUCAUUGUGGUGCAGAAGCCGGGCCAAUGAUUUUACUUUGUUACUUUUUGAAUGCAGGCAGCACAAAACGUGAAAUAAACCAUGUUUUGAAUGCCCAA